AUGGCCGCUGAGACUAUUGACAACAUUCAUCGCGCCCACUACCACCAGUGCGGGCUCAGUCCCACCUGGACGGUGUAUAAGAUGCAUGCACAGAAGCUCAACCACUCCAACUUCAGCUGUCGUCGGCGAAUACUGAAGAUGAGGUGGCGGGACCGGAUUCAGAGUACGUGCGAAAUGAGAUGGACAGGAAUUGUCAGCAUCCACGCCAUUUUGAUAAUUGCAACUGCGCUAGAGCGGCCACCUCGUGAGGAUGGGCGACGAGCGACUACCUAAACGAUCCUUCUAUGGAGAUGUCGCCACGGGUUCUCGUCAACAAGGGGAUCAAUUCCGACGCCACAAGAACACUCUGAAGGCUUCCUUGAUGAACCUGUAGAUCAAUCCAGGAAACUGGGAAGACCUUGCCCGGAACCGACCGGCCUAGAGGAGGACAAUGAGACAGGAGCAGCGAUCUACGAAGCCAACCACGUAACCGCCGCCAAAGCCAAACGCGAAACUCAAAAAUCCCAAAUACCUUCGCCUGCCAACAUUGACAUUCGACCGCUUCCAACAUGCCUCCAGUGUCAGCGGACAUUCUGGACACAAACUGGAUUUACUGGACAUGUCUGGACCAAUUGCAGCACGCACACGACACAAAUUGAUGCCUCAUCGUCCGCCUCUGCCCCACCUCUUAUGUCGAUAGCCAAACCUAACGGUGCUCUCGAUUCUCCAUCGCCAUCCUCCACUAUCAUCACCACCUCAAUAUCUGCUGCGGCGGCUCCUGCCCUCACCUCCAAUGCAAACAAUUCCGACGCACUGCCAAACAUCAACCUCAUCCUCGCCAACACCAAUGAUGCGGACUCGGUCUCAACCUGUCCUCAGAGCGAUAGCACAUUCGCCUAA